AUGUCGGAUGCAGAGGGCUCUGGAGGAGGUCGCGCUCCACAUGGACUCAGGGGAACCGGGAGGACUUCUCUUCUUCUCUCAGUGUCCGACAGCAGGAGGAUCGUCAUCCUGGGGAAAACUGGAGUGGGGAAGAGCAGCCUGGCUAACACCAUCUUCGGAGAGAAGCGGUUCACCAUCGGAGACACCAUCAACUCGGAAACCGCCCGGUGUCGAGCGGAAACUAAGACUGUGUGUGGGAGGAGCAUCACUUUGAUCGACAGCCCCGGCUUCUUCGACACGGAUCGAUCUGAGGGAGAGCUGAAGGCCGAGGUCCUGCGCUGCGUCACCGAGUACGCCCCCGGGCCGCACGCCUUCCUCAUCGUGCUCAAGGUGGAGCGCUUCACGGAGCAGGAGCAGGCCGUCAUCACCAAGAUGGACUCCUACUUCUCCGAGGAGUUCUUCAAGUUCGCCACGGUCCUCUUCACCCACGGGGACCAGCUGCCCCCCGGGAAGAACAUCCAGCAGUUCAUCAGCAACAACCGGCUGGUCGACUCGCUGGUGGCAAAGUGCGGCGGCCGCUGCCACGUCAUCGACAACAAGUACUGGAACGGGCCCGGCCCGGAGGACCCGUACCGGAGCAACGCGAUGCAGGUGAGGGGCCUCCUCCUCACCAUCGACCGGGUGAUCCAGGCCAACGGCGGGAGGUGCUACACCAACGAGGUCCUGCAGGCGGUGGAGAGGAAGAUCCAGCAGCAGAUAGAAGCCCUGAAGCGGGAGCAGAGGAACAUCUCCGACGCAGAGGCCCGGAAGCAGUCCAAAGACCGAGUGUUCGUGGGGCUGUGCGUCGGGCUGGCCGCCGUGGCAACCGGUGUGCUGCUGGUGGCGGUCUUCAGCGUCACGGGGCCCUCGGGGGUCGUCGUUGCAGCAGCAGUGCUGGCAUGAGGUGCAGCAGCAGGAGAGCCGCCCUCACGGGAACAUCUGGAGGAGCAGAGGGCGUCAGGGAAGAAAUCAGAGUUAAACAAUCGAGUUUACACCUGGAAUAUCUCCUCAAUAAAUUGCAAGAAAAUCAAUUUCUCAACAAUAUUUAACCAGAGAGUAUUAUUGUUAAUCACAAGUAAUAUGUAAUAUGUCUAAAGUGUAAUUUACUUUUUAUUCAAAAGAUUCAUUUAUUUAGUUCUCUGUGAUGAUUUCUUUGCUUUGAGUUUCAUGUCUCACGUUGUUCUCCACGUAGGAACUCAGAUGAUUGAGUGGGGAUUGAACGAUGACGUCCUCAAUGUCUUCUUCUUUCAUAUGUCAACAUGUAAUAACAUGUUCUUUGUUGACGGAAUGGGAAGAAGGAGAAAAUGUAAACUAUUGACAUCUUGUCUUUCCCCUUUUUAUUCAUCUUUGUACCCAUUAAUCUUUAUAUGCAAAAAACAACAAAUAAAACUGGUUUGUAUUCUGUACAUUCCGACCAAA